AUGACAAUCAGCGCAGUCUUUGCUAAUUCAUGGGGUCGGCGGAAACAGUUCUUUAGUUUCUUUCAGCUGCUCUUCUAUGCAAACCCCACAUGGCUAGAUUAUUUUCUACUCAUAUUCGGUACUCUUUGUGCCUGUGGUGCCGGCGUUCCGUUCCCGUUGAUGGGAAUUUUGUUUGGUCAGGUCCUCGACAAUCUUAAUGAUGCUUCCUGCGAUGCGAACAGCUCCAAAAAUACGGGCGAGAUUCAGUCAGAAGUCAACAAAAAGGUUCUUGUACUCGUCUAUAUCGCUAUUGCCAACUUCAUCGUCAUUUACCUCUAUAUUGUGUCUUGGAGCAUUUUCAGUCGCAGGCUAGAAGCUCGUCUAAGAGAUCGAUACUUCCAGACCUUACUGCGUCAAGAUGCCACCUUCUACGACAAGCGUCAGGCCGGCGAGCUCACGUCCCGACUGAACUCCGAUAUUCAAAUCAUCCAAGCAGGUACCUCAGAAAAGGUCGGCAUCUGUAUUGCUGUGAGCUCGUUUUUCAUUUCAGCAUACGUUGUGGCCUUUGUGAGGGAUACCAAAUUAGCCGCUAUUCUGAUCAGCUUGAUACCCGCUUUCCUUCUGAUGGCUGCUAUUGGCAGCAUAUUCACUCAAAGGUUCACUGCCCGUAUGUCUGACGCAAUUGCUUCAGCAUCCUCUAUCGCUCAAGAGGCACUGUCGCAUAUAGCUGUGGUCCAGGCUUUCGGAGCUGGCCCUCGUCUCGAGGCCAAAUUUGCGUCGACAAUGAGUACUGCCCAAAAGGAGGGAAUUAAGAAGGCGGCUACUACUGCUAUUCAAGCUGGCACACUCUAUUUCAUCGCGUACGCUGCGAAUGCCCUGGCAUUCUGGCAGGGUAGCAGACAGAUUGCUGAUGCCGUGGAACAUGGCGGGAACAAUGUCUCCGUUGGAAGGACAUACACGGUCAUCUUCCUUCUUGUAGAUGCUUGUGUUAUCCUCGGUUCCAUUGCGCCACUGCUUCCCAUCAUUGGAUCAGCAACUGCGUCAUUCCAGAAGCUGAAGGCCGAUAUCGAUGCCCCUUCUGGCAUUGAUUCACAAUCCGAUGAGGGCGAAAAGCUUCCUAAUUCUAUCGAUGGUGCAGUGGAAUUCCACGAUGUGUCGUUUGCGUACGUUUCUCGACCUGAUCGCCCAGUGCUGAAAGGGGUUUCAUUCAGCUGCCCAGCCGGCAAACACACAGCCUUGGUUGGUCUUUCAGGAAGCGGAAAAUCCACGAUUGCGGGUCUCACGGCCAGAAUAUACGAUCCCACAAACGGAACUGUGACACUAGAUGGGCACAAUCUGAAGAAUCUUAAUGUGAAGAACUUGCGAGGUUUUAUGAGCUUGGUUCAACAGGAACCGUCUUUGUUGGAUAGAUCCAUCCUGGAAAAUAUCGCGCUUGGUAUUCUCAAUUCCCCCUGGCCGAGUCAUCAGAGAUUUCAACAUGUUAUAUUGGGCUCAGGGCUUGCCGAAAUUGCGUCCAACCUCGCAGCUGGAAAAGAUCUUGCUUCGCUGUCUGAGGCACAUGGUCAAGACAUGGUCGACUUGGUCCAAUUAAUCCGCGAGGCGGCAAGUCUAGCAGAUGCUUCUGGUUUUAUUGAAAGGCUCGAGUUUGGAUACGGCACCCAAGUUGGCAUCGGCGGCAAAUUGGUUAGUGGCGGUCAACGACAAAGGAUCGCCCUUGCUCGAGCCCUGAUACGAGAUCCCAAGAUUCUCAUUCUUGAUGAAGCUACUGCUUCUUUAGACUCUGCCAGUGAGCACCGCAUCAAGAUGGCCAUUGAGUCCAUUGCCAAAGGUCGCACUGUAAUUGCCAUUGCACACAGACUCUCUACUAUCAAGAAUGCGGAUAAUAUCAUCGUCAUGAAUGGUGGCGAAAUUAUUGAGCAAGGAUCGCAUUUAGAACUCAUGGCACUCAACGGCUCAUAUGCAGGAAUGGUUCGUCUUCAAAACAUUGAGUCCGCACAGAACGACGACACUCCGUCCAUGGCAAGUACUGCUAAAGGAGACGUCGACACCAUCAUCACAGAGAAGGACUCUCUGCUUGAGGAGAAGGCCACGGAAAACUUGCCAGGUCGAACCAAGAAAGAUUCUACAGAUAAAUCCGAAACCAUCACACCAGGAACUCCGGAAUUGGACUCCCACAAAACAGGCUGGCAGGUCUUGAAGCAACUAGGCCGUAUGAUUCGACCAAAUCUGGCGUGGCUACUCUUAGCCCUGGCAGCCGGAACCAUUGUGGGAGCAAGCUUCACUGGAUCUGGUUUGAUAUUUGGAAACACAGUCGGACGUCUGAGUCCAUGCAAUGCGCCUGGCGACAUUCGCUGGGCCGGAAAGUUCUUUGGGGGCAUGUUCUUCAUGUUGGCUGUCGUAGAGCUUUUUGCCAACUCUGUUAGCUGGUCUUCUUUUGGUACAAUCUCGGAAAGACUUUUAUACAAGGUCCGCGUACUCUGCUUUCGUUCGCUAUAUGAGCAAGGUUUGGACUGGCAUCAAGCGGAGGGACGCACCCCGGCCUCGCUGUUGUCAGUCAUCACUGCAGAUGCUGCUGCCAUCGGUGGCUUCAGUGGCUCCAUUAUUGGAAACUCCUUUGCAAUUGUCGUCAACUUCAUCAUAGCCAUUACGGUGUCGCACAUUCUGGCAUGGAAGAUUGCCGUCGUGUGCUUGGUUACCGUGCCAAUCCUGUUGGGAUCAGGUAUUCUGCAGCUUCGUGCGCUCACCAGAUUUGAGCGCAAACACGCUGGUGCAUUUUCGGAUGCCAUCGGCAUAACAGUUGAGGCUGUCAACUCGUUCAAGACCAUUUCAUCCUUAUCCCUGGAGAAUGAAGUUCUUGGCAAUUAUCGGCGGACUCUGAGACCACCAUACAAAGCCAUGGCUGCUGGUACUGCUUACGCGAAUAUCUGGCUCGCCAUCUCAUAUGGAACCAGUAAUCUUAUAUAUGCGUUCGCAUAUUGGUGGGGGUCAACGAGAAUCACGAACGGGGAGUAUACAUCGACCGAGUUCUUCGUCAUUCUCGUGGCCAUGUUGGUCAGCGCCCAGCUCUGGGGCAAUAUGUUCACCCUUGCACCAGAAGUUUCGCGUGCUCGAGAGGCCGGGUCGCGAAUAUUGAGUUUGAUAGACCAGGGUUCUUCAAAGGAUUUGACUGCCCAGGAAUUGGCUCCUGUAGUUGCGCCACCAACUACUGAGAAGGAUGUCGAAGCUGUCGCAGAUGGAACUACAAAGUCAGCAUCACCAAACAAAGGCGCUACCGUGACUUUUAAAGACGUUUCAUUUGCAUAUCCGGCUCGUCCGCAGUUAUCAAUCGUGCAAGGCAUGUCAUUUACCAUUCAGGCAGGUCAGUUUUGUGGUUUAGUUGGACCUUCAGGCGCAGGCAAAUCCACGAUCCUAUCGCUUGUCCAGAGAAUGUACCGCCCUACAGGUGGCGCCAUCGAAAUCAAUGGCUCAAAUAUAUGCGCGCGGGAUGGUGUUGAGUUUCGAAAUGACAUCGCGGUCGUCCCUCAGGACUGUGCUCUUUUCGAUGGCACGAUAAGAUUCAACGUUGGGCUCGGGGCCACACCAAACCACGAAGCAACUGACGAAGAAAUCGAGGAGGCAUGUCGUUUAGCCAACAUCCACGACACGAUUAUGGCGCUCCCAGAUGGGUACAACACCGAAUGCGGUCCAAAUGGGUCACGUUUAUCGGGCGGUCAACGCCAGCGUCUAGCCAUCGCUCGAGCACUGGUGCGAAAACCUAAAUUGCUUCUUCUUGACGAAAGCACGAGUGCUCUUGAUGCCGAGAGCGAAAAGGCCCUUCAGGAAGGCUUGGAGAGAGCUGCCAGGGGCAUCACGGUUAUUGCAAUCACGCAUCGCCUGCACACGGUUCGCAAGGCUGAUGUGAUUUUUGUAAUUGAAGGUGGAAAAGUCGUGGAGAAGGGUCGUCACGAAGAGCUGGUGGAAAAGAGCACAGGCACUGCUACUGACAACGACAACCAUUCGACUACGACUGGCCAUAGUGAAGGAGGAGGGAAUUCGAGUCCAUUUUUGAACCGUUUUGCUGCUGUGACGGUUGACGACGACACCGACGCUUACGAGCUUGCCGAUUACCGUCAGAUCCAGGCCGACAAAAGCGCCCACGACCUCGAGAAACGAAGGCAAGACAAGCGAGAACGCAAGCGUCAGUGGAUUGAAACACAGGACGAGAUGAAGUUCUCUCACAGCAUCCAGUUUAAUGCUGUUCCGGACUGGAGCAGCCACUAUAUUGCCUACAGUAACCUCAAAAAACUCAUCUACCAACUCGAAAAGAAUGCUCACCAAGCACGUGCGGGCGGCGAUUCAGAAUCUCGACCCCUCAUUUCGAGCGAAGAGCCUACCGAAGUAUUCAGUAGGGCCCUUGGCGUUGAGCUUGAGAAGAUAUGCUCUUUCUACGUAGCCAAGGAAGGGGAGUUGCUGGAUGAAGUCAACCAACUUGUCCGAGACGUUGGUGACAGACCGUCUCUAGACAGCCCCGAUCUCCGGCGCAUGUCGUUAGGGGACGGACACCGCCCGCACAUGCGGCCCUUGAGUUCUACUGGCAUGGGCUCCGACGACGAGAUGGAGGACAGUGCAAGUGAUGAUGAUGAGACAACAGGGCUGAAUAAGCCAAAGAGUAACAGUGGCCGACGGAGGACCAUCGCCAACGUAGGGCAGCACCAGGCUGACCUGGCAGCGUCCUCAGAUUUCGCCCGCUCCGUACGCAGACACAGUACUGUCGAGGAUUUUGGUGACCAGUCCGUCAUGUUCUCUUCAGGAUUGUUCUCAUCCAGCAUCAUGCUCAAGAAGCGCAUUAUUAGCCUCUACGUGCAGCUCUGUGAGCUCAAGUCAUACGCCCAACUGAACAAGACUGGCUUCAGCAAGGUGCUGAAGAAAUUCGACAAGAUACUCGACAAGGAGCUCAAGGCAUCAUUCAUGAGAUCUAAUGUUGACACGGCAUACCCUUUCAAGGAUGAAACCAAAAAGAUUGUGGAGGAGAACAUAGAAAAGAUGGAGGACGCCUACUCCGAAGUUGUCACGGGCGGUGACAGGGAUCUUGCCAAGAAAGACUUGCGAUCCCAUCUUCGAGAACAUGUCGUGUGGGAACGUAAUACCGUGUGGAGAGACCUCAUUGGUAUCGAACGGCGCGCUGAGGCCGCUAGAUUUGGCCAGACUCUGCUGGGUCAAGAUCAAACCGCGGCACCGAAACGCUUACAAGGCGACGACGAUCAGGUUGUGACCAGAAAACAAUUCAAGACGCCUUUAGGUCUCCUCACGCUGCCGAGUUGGCUGGCUGGCUCUUCCAUGCUUACUCUGAUCGGCUCCAUCGCUGCAUUUGCUGCACUUCUCGCGAUUCCCAUCAUGGACAAGCCCGAGGAGCAAAACUGCCUGGCAAUGUUGGUAUUUGUUAGUUUACUAUGGGCAACAGAGACUAUUCCUCUGUUCGUGACCUCACUCCUCAUCCCCUUCUUAUCAGUUGUACUUCGGGUCGUUUGCGAUGAGAACGGUGCCAAACACAAGCGUCUGGACGCCAAACAGGCUACAAACGCAAUCUUUGCCGCCAUGUGGAGUCCAGUCAUCAUGUUACUUAUCGGUGGCUUCACCCUCGCCGCGGCCCUCUCCAAGUGCAAGAUAGACAAGCGUCUCGCGACGCUGGUCCUUAGCAAGGCUGGCACCCAACCGCGGACUGUGCUUGUCGCUAAUAUGUUUGUUGCUGCCUUUGCAUCCAUGUUGAUCAGCAACGUUGCGGCUCCUGUGCUGUGCUACUCAAUCAUUGAGCCCAUGUUGCGUACACUGCCCUCCGAUUCAAACAUGUCCAAAGCUGUAAUUAUUGGCAUUGCCCUCGCCUCAAACAUUGGUGGCAUGCUGUCGCCGAUUGCUUCUCCUCAGAACGUCGUUGCUAUGGGCAUAAUGAAGCCGGAGCCAACUUGGCUACAGUGGUUCUUCAUUGUUAUCCCUGUUGGUGCCGUCUCCAUCGUUCUGAUAUGGAUGGUGUUGUUAGUUUCGUUCCAGCCCGGCAAAGGAACGGUCAUUGCACCUAUUCGUCCAUUGAAGGAGCGCUUCUCUGGUGUUCAGUGGUUCGUGAGCAUUGUGACAAUCAUCACGAUUGCUCUGUGGUGCGCAAGCCACCAGAUGGAAGAUGUCUUUGGUGACAUGGGUGUCAUUGCGAUCAUCCCUAUUGUUCUUUUCUUUGGUAUCGGAAUCUUGACCAAGGAAGACUUCAACAACUUCCCGUGGACCAUCAUUAUUCUGGCUGCUGGAGGCUUGUCACUUGGAAAAGCUGUCCGAUCAUCUGGACUGCUUCACACGGUUGCAGAGCUUGUUUCCAAGAAUGUCGAAGGGAUGAGCCUGUACGGCGUCCUCGUCGUGUUCUCUACCCUCAUUCUGGUGAUUGCGACGUUUAUUAGCCACACCGUUGCAGCACUCAUCUUCCUGCCUCUUGUAUUUGAUGUCGGCAUGUCGAUGGACCAACCUCACCCCAACCUCUUAGUCAUGGGCGGUGUUUUGAUGUGCAGCGCAGCUAUGGGUCUUCCAACCAGCGGCUUCCCCAAUAUGACUGCAAUAAUGAAGGAAGAUGCCACGGGACAGAGAUAUCUCCGAGUCAAGCAUUUCAUUAGCAGAGGCAUUCCCAGCAGUUUCAUUACUCUGGUUGUUGUAAUUACACUUGGCUACGGCAUUAUGCAGGUUGCGGGAUUGGAUUAG